CUUCUCGCAGUUGUACUUGGAGGCGAGGGCCUUGAGGGAGGGCUCGAUGAUACCACCACGGAGACGGAGGACGAGGUGAAGGGUGGACUCCUAUUUGACGAGCAUUGCGUUAGCCAACGGAAUUCCCUCCCUGAUCGCACAUGCUGGUCGGAUCGUUCGCGGUUCGCAGCGCUGGGUGAGGUUUCCGAGGGUGAUAAUCUUCCAAGGAUAAUGGAAUGUAAAGAUGCACGCGGUCCCGAAGGACUUGAGACAAGCAAACGCCCCAUCAUCAACCAGACAGGAUAUUCGUCACCAAAGAUUGACGCAAGGCGACCGUAGCUUUCCAUAUCGAAUACCCCAGAACACCUUUCCAACCCAAUAACCCCGAGACCCCAGGCGCAGCGAACAUUAAACGUCUGAACCGAUGUGCGAAAAAGAAUCAUGUUUCGGAGGAAGAGUCGCUCAUACCUUCUGGAUGUUGUAGUCGCUCAGGGUGCGGCCAUCCUCGAGCUGCUUACCAGCGAAGAUGAGACGCUGCUGAUCCGGGGGGAUACCCUCCUUAUCCUGGAUCUUGGUCUUGACGUUGUCGAUGGUGUCGCUCGACUCGACGUCGAGGGUAAUGGUCUUACCCGUGAGGGUCUUGACGAAACUAUGGAAUUCGAAAAGAACCACUGGUCAGCGAAUUGUUCUCUUCCCCUCCUGGAAUUCCCUCCACCAUGUCAUUUUCCAAAGGUGUUCCCGGUUUCUUCUCCUUUUUUCGAGAUCGAAUGGCGUUGUAUGGCAUUGGGAAGUAUUCGUGACGGCUUCAAGACUUUUGCUCUGGGGAAGACCUACAUCUGCAUGGCUGCGGUUUUCGUUGUUGCUGGCUGACGAUCUCGCUGAAUGGGUCGGUCGGAAGAGGCGAUGUCAAUUUCACCAUUUCUCG